UCAGCGGGAAAUAGCUCAACGGUGAGCCUAAGGAAUGCCGAAAACCACCAUCUUUUCCAUGGCCGAGUUCCCCAAAAACCUCUCACCAAAGCGAGUUCUCAAGCUCCUCAAAUCAGAGAAAAACAUCCACUCUGCACUUGCUCUCUUCGACUCAGCAACUCGCCACCCGGGUUACACCCACUCACCCGACGUUUUCCACCACAUGCUACGUCGACUAGUCGACUCCAGGCUCGUUUCCCACGUUUCUAGGAUCGUCCAAGUCAUUCAAACCCAGAAAUGUAACUGCCCAGAAGACGUGGCUUUAACGGUGAUAAAAGCCUAUGCCAAAAACUCAAUGCCCGAGAAAGCACUAGAUUCCUUCCAACGAAUGAAGCGAAUUUUUGGUUGUGAACCUGGGAUUCGAUCUUACAACACUUUACUUAACGCUUUUGCUGAGUCGAAUCGUUGGGAACAAGCUGAGUCGUUUUUUAAGUACUUUGAAACAGUGGGCGUAAAGCCAAAUUUGCAAACUUACAAUAUUUUAAUUAAGAUUGCGUGUAGAAAGGAGCAUUUUGAGAAGGCGAAGCGGUUAUUGGAUUGGAUUUGGAAAAUGGGUUUUCAUCCUAACGUGCAAAGCUAUGGGACUUUGAUUAAUGGGCUUGUCAAAGGCGGGAAGUUGGUGGUUGCAAUGGAAGUGUUCGAUGAAAUGGUUACCAGAAAAGUUACCCCUGAUGUUAUGUGCUAUAAUAUAUUAAUUGAUGGUUUUUUCAAAAAAGGAGAUUUUGUGAAGGCAAAUGAGGUUUGGGAGAGGUUGUUGGAAGAUUCUUCUGCUUAUCCGGAUUCCGUUACUUAUAAUGUUAUGAUUAAUGGUUUGUGCAAAUGUGGCAAGUUUGAUGAGUGUUUGAGGCUAUGGGACAGGAUGAAGAAGAAUGAAAGAGAGAAGGAUCUGUUUACUUAUAGUAGUAUGAUACAUGGAUUGUGUCAGGCAGGGAAGGUUGAUGGUGCUGAGAGAGUUUAUAAAGAGAUGGUUCAAAGUGGGGUAUUGGUUGAUGUGGUUACUUAUAAUGCAAUGCUUAAUGGGUAUUGUAAAGCUGGGAAAUUUCAAGAGUGUUUUGAGUUGUGGAAGCUGAUGGAAAAGGAGGGUUGUAUAAAUGUUGUUAGUUUUGAUAUAUUGAUUAGAGGGUUGUUAGAGAAUGGAAAGGUGGAUGAAGCGAUUUCUACAUGGCGGAUCUUGCCUGAGAGAGGUUGCAAUGCUGAAGCUUCAACUUAUGGAGUUUUGAUUCAUGGAUUGUGUAAGAAUGGCUACUUAAAAAAAGCUUUAGAAAUAUUGAAAGAGGCUGAACUUGGGGGAGGUAAAUUGGAUAGCUUUGGAUAUUCCUCAAUAAUUGAUGGGUUCUGCAAACAAGGGAGACUAGACGAAGUAGUUGGUUUAAUCAGUCAGAUGGUUAAGUGUGGCUGUAAACUGAAUCCUUACACUUGCAAUCCCAUAAUUCAUGGUUUUAUCCAAGCAUCCAGACUAGACGAUGCGGUUCAAUUUUUCAAGGGAAUGGACUCAAUGGGUUACUCUCCUACUGUUGCCUCAUAUAAUAUUCUCAUUUCUGGUUUGUGUAAAGCAGAAAGAUUUGGAGAGGCGUACUGUUUUUUGCAGGAAAUGUUAGGGAAAGGGUGGAAACCUGACAUGAUCACCUACAGCUCGUUGAUGAAAGGUCUUUUCUUAGGAAAGAAUGUUGACAUGGCACUCAGCUUAUGGCACCAUGUGCUUGACAAGGCCUUCAAGCCUGAUGUAAUUAUGCACAAUAUUAUCAUUCAUGGCCUUUGCUCUGUUGGCAAAGUCAAGGAUGCAUUACAGCUCUACUCAAAGAUGCGGAAAAGGAACUGUGCUCCGAAUCUUGUAACCCAUAAUACAAUCAUGGAAGGGCUUUACAAAGCUGGAGAAUAUGAGAAGGCAUCAGAGAUCUGGACCCGAAUUUCAAGUGAUGGACUACAGCCAGAUAUUAUUUCUUAUAACAUUACUCUCAAGGGGCUUUGUUCUUGUGGUAAGAUACAAGAUGCACUUGGCUUCUUGGAUGAUGCUUUAGAGCGUGGAAUUGUUCCUACUGUCAUUACAUGGAACAUUCUUGUCAGGGCAGUGCUUUAGGAUUUGCAUGCAGUUAAGUUCCCUAUUGAAAGAGUCAUACUUCUCUAGUUGGCGGUUCAAAAUAUUAGGCAACUCUUCGCCACCUCAAGAAUUUUGAAGACCAGUCUUUGAACUACAUAACUUUAAGAGAGAGAUCCUAAGUUCUGGGAUCAAGAACUGCUAUCUUCAUCAUUCCAGGGAUUCACCAGACGUGCAUGUGAGGAUGGUUUUUGCCAGGAAAAUUCUUUCAAAGUGAUCGGAGGUAUGGAUGCAUGAGCACCUAAAGGUCAUGUUCCUUCAAAUGGCUUUUGUUCUUCCUUUCUUGUUUGUGAUUUGUUCCCCUUUCCAACUGUUAACCAAUUGCUUUUUAAGAUCGUGCGGAUUCUUGCGGGCUGGAUUUACGCUCUUUUAGAGUUUAGAUAUCUUGACAUGAAACCACAGUUACCUAUUUGACCAAAGGUGAACUGAGAAAAUAAAGCAACUAAAAUAGCUCCAAGAACUGCAACUUUUCUCCAAUCAGAUGAAGAGAUGAAAGAGUCUGCAAUUGCAAUGACUAGAAGUGCAAUUAGAGCAAGGUUCUUAAAGAACAACCCUUCAUUCCUAUCUUUCUCAAUUUGGCCUUCGAACUGCGCUAACUGGCCUUCAUUCUUCUCAAUCUCCUGCCUAUUCAUUUCUUGGGAUUCUUCAAAGGCUUGCAUCUGGCUCUCAAUGUUCUCC